AUGCCUCCCAAGAAGGGCAAGGAGCCCGCCCCCAAAAAGGCGACCAAGUCGGUCGAGGACCGGACUUUUGGUAUGAAGAAUAAAAAGGGUGGUGCUGCCAAGAAGGAAAUUGCCCGUAUGUCGGCGAACCUCAAGAACAGUGGUAGCGCUGAGGAGAAGCGUAAGCAGGCUGAGAAGGAAGCCCGAGAGCGCGAGAAGAAGGCCGCCGAGGAGGCCCGUAGGGAGACAGAGGCAUUGUUGAACAAGCCCGCUCAGGUUCAGAAGGUGCCUUUCGGCGUGGACCCCAAGACAGUUGUAUGCAUCUUUUACAAGAAAGGCAACUGUGAGAAGGGAAGGAAGUGCAAGUUUGCACACGAUCUUGCCAUCGAGCGCAAGACGGAGAAGAAGAACCUGUACAGCGACACCCGGAAAGAAGAGGAGGAAACUAAGAAGGCCGAGACUUCUGCAGACUGGGAUGAAGAGAAGCUUCGAAAGGUUGUUCUGUCCAAGAAGGGUAACCAACGGACAACCACCGACAAGGUGUGCAAGUACUUUAUCGAGGCCAUUGAGGAUGGCAAAUACGGCUGGUUCUGGAUUUGUCCCAAUGGCGGCGACAAGUGCAUGUACAAGCAUGCUCUCCCCCCUGGAUUCGUUCUGAAGACCAAGGAACAGAGAGCGGCCGAAAAGGCACUCCUGGACAAGUCGCCACUCAAGACCCUGACGCUGGAAGACUUCCUGGAGUCGGAGCGACACAAGUUGACUGGCGAUUUGACGCCGGUGACGCCCGAGACUUUUGCCAAAUGGAAGAAGGAGCGUCUGGACAAGAAGGCCGCCGAGGAACAGUUGCGCAAGGCUAAGGAAAACACUGGACGUGCCCUCUUCGAGAGUGGCAAGUGGAGAGACGAGGACGAUUCAGAGGCCACAGACGACGACGACGACGACGUGUGGAACCUGGAGAAGCUCAGGAAGGAGACAGAAGCUAUCCGAUCAGAGAAGGAAGACGCUCGUCUGGCUGCACUACACGGCACAUCGAACUUUGGCACUCCAGGCGCCGAUACACCAGCAGAAGACACACCAGCCGAGACUCCAGCUGAGGAGGCCUCAGCAGAGGAGACCCCGGCCGAGGAAAAGUCUGGAUCUUGA